CUGAAAGAAGAGUCAGAACUGGAAAGGACAAAAUCAAAUUUUUAGCUUUGCUAAAACGCCCCUCCUAGGAUAAGAAUAAGAUAUCGGAGCAAACAGUUGAUUGUACCGAUAGCAGCUUCCCCCUUCUACCUAGGAUUUUUACAACUAGCAUUUCUGUUGACUUCAAUAUAAAGUAACUAACUGAAUAAAAAGUUAACCAUUUUUGCUCAAGAACAAGACUCAGCAGGAACAAGAACCACAACGCAUCCCUCUUUCAUAAAAUCCCGAAAUCAACAUGUCCGAUCUCGGCAACGAUGUGUCCAUGGGACGCAUCCGCAAUGAGAUUGACGAGCUUAACUCUAAGGCAGACACAGUUCGCGACAUCCUACGGAGUGCGGACUCGUCGUCAAAGGGGUUCGUGGAUGAGUUUGUCCAAGAAUGCCGACAACACUACGAUUUCUUGCAGAAAAAAACGGAUAUUGUUUUGAGUACUAAUUCGCUGCCUUCAUAGAGUCAUCGUCUUGGUUUGCCUUUCCAUUUGCAGAAUUUUUGUGGCGUUGCGGCUGCUCGAAAGCAAACUCUUACUUCACUAGACGGAUUCUAAUGGCCAUUGUUGUAGUCAUGAUGAACAUGAACAAUGAGCUCAAGUCCUAGUUGUAUCAAAAAAAACUCUCCAUCAGGCGGCAACGAUGCCGAUGGCGAGGUUGUUUUUGGACAAUUGGUUGAUGUGUGCGAAAAAUUCAACCAAGUCGACAUGCAAUACAAUGAGUGGUCUGCGCAACAGCUAGUUUUCGAGCAAGAGUCAUCUGAUGCUGGAGGUGCUGGGAAUAAUGCUGCACCACCCAGUAUUGGAGGCGGAGGAGGGCCUUCGGGGGGAGCAAGUAAUACUGUACAGUCACUAGCUGCGAGUGCACCUGCACCAGCGACAGCAGCUGUCGUGGAAAGAAAUGUGGGGCCGGCGUUGGGUGGUAUUUCCAAAGACGUUAUGAUUAACAAGAUCAUAUUGAUUCCUUGUCCCGUGCUCGCGAACUAUUUAAGUCAAAUCAUGAAUUCUCAUCCUCUGUUCUUCACGAUCAUGUCGAAUAAUCAUGAGCUCAACUACACUGCUACCACCACCAGUCUCCAUGCCAGCAGUGAGCACAGCAAGUGGCCACGUACCUUCGUCCGCAAGUCGUAACGGCGGAAAAGAGGAGUUGCCUCAACAGUCGAGUGCGCAGUCAGAUGUAUCCCAGCAAGCACCGCAGAGAGGAUCCGAACCGAGAUCAUCGGCUGGAAAAAGCAAGAAGAUUAUGCUCAAAUUGAAAUCGUUUUACAAGCUCGUAAAAAUAAUAAAGCGGAUAUUUAUAAAAUCAAGGAAAAUUGUGAAGAAACCGGCAGCGGUUAAUUGAUGAAAACGUGGUCAGCAAACCCAAACCCAGCUGCAUAACCCAACAGUGCUCUAACCCAGCUGCAUAACCCAAACCCAGCUGCAUAACCUGUGGUCAGCAAACCCAAACCCAGCUGCAUAACCCAACGAAAGCCCAACUGCACUACUCUAACGAACGCAGCAAGAAGAAGAAGAACAAGGUGGAGUCGAAUAUGCUUUUUCCGGGAACUGAUGAGAGCAAUUUUUUCCCAACUGAAGUUUUCGACACAUUUCCGACAGCAGACGGAGCUUCAUUCGACGCUUUUCCGACUACGGUAAGUGUACUUGUUGUAUUUCUUGUUGUGACUACUUGUGAAGGAGAUAUUUUUUUAUUACAAGUUAGUACAUCUACAUGUUUUUGUUUCUACUUGCUGAUAUUUGUAUUUGAUUUCGUCGUAGUAGUACAGCUACAGGUCCAUGUUCCUUAUAAAUUCAGGUUCCCGCUGCGGUAGUUGAGGAACCAGUUGCCUCUCAGCCUGUACCUGAGGUCGCAAAAAGUGCGCCACCAGCAGUGCCGACGCAAAGGUACUGCUUUGAUGUAGCCAUUUCGGACUGAAGAGCGGAAAUUUAGGAUAGAAGUUGCAACCCCUACCAGAAUCUCUUUAUUUUGCAUUUUCAAAUCACUCAACCUCACCUAACUCACAGCGCCGUUAUGGAAACAAGUUCAUCAUCGGUACCCGCUAGUGCUUCAGCUCCGCCAGCACCGGCGGCAGCGGCGCCGGCAGUUAUCCCCGCACCAGCUGUAAUUCCUGCGGUGAUUCCCGCUCCGGUUCUUGUAGCGGCUUCACUAAGCGUUCCCGCAACAGCCAUAGCACCUCCCUCAACUGGAGCAGUGCCUUUAGCCGCCAGUGCACCGGUCUACAGUACAACUAAUAUGCAGCAAGAGCAACAGGAACAUCAGCAAGUGUACAACGUGCCUCCAGUCGCACCAGCGGUUGCUUUAGGAUUACCCAGUGCACUGACGCAGCCAGGCGCAGCACCUCAACCGAAGAAACAAUGUGUCAAACAUUGCGUCUUGCGGUUGGCGAAUUUGCGACUCAGCGACAUCCAGGAAACCAUAGGAACGGAAGUCUUUGCUCAACUCUUUCGACAAAACGUGGCGCAAGCUUGUGGUGUCAGUAUGAACAGGAUAGCGCUCAAGAGCAUGAGGAGUGCUCAGGUGUGACCAAUUUGACGAGGAUGGAAAUGGAUCAUUUUUUCACUUUCACAUGUAGUCGAACCGCACCUUACGCCUUUGUUGAACAAUUAUGCUGUUGGCACUCAUUUGCAUGCGAAAUCGCAUUAAUGUCGUGGUUGUUCCACGCAUAAUUUACAGGUCGUUAUUAAGGCUACCGCUGAAGCAUCCUCAACAUUAUCCUUGGCUCUUUUUCUACUUGAAAAGGAAGCCAAGGAUGCUCUCAGGGAUGCGACCGCGGUAGCUCUAA